AUGUUCAAUUUAUCGAAAAAUUUGGAUCAAAGAAUUGAGUGGGUUCGAUUUUUUUAUUUCGAAAAAAAAACAUUUUUUAACUUCAGAGAAGUUUAUCGACCAAGUCUUCUGGAAAAUUAUAGAAUUUUGGAGAGAAAACAGCAAAUUUGCGAGGAAUAUUCGAAAUUGAUUUUUAGUUGUGAGAAAUUGAUGGCUGGCACGGAAAAUGGCGAAAAAAUCGAGGCGAAAACCGAAGUUGGUAUGAAGAUUUAUGUCAAUGUUGAAGUGUGAGUGGAGAAUUUUCCCGCCUGAUUCAAUUUUUUUUGCCUUUUUCCAGUCGAGACCCUCGCCACGUCAUAGUCAAUCUUGGCGAUGAUAUUUAUGCCAAACUGCCACUCGAAAAAGCUGUCGAAUUUUCAAAAUCCAAAAUUGAGCGACUGAAAAAUGAGAUGUCUGAAAUUCAGACGAGGAUAAAUGGAUUGAACUCGCAAAUUAAUAUUAUGUUGUCUCAAAUUACGGUGGAAUAA